AUGACCGUCAUUGAUCCUCUCAAACAGGCCGCCCUAGCAAUGUCCUACCUCCAACUUUUGGCAACGGCUGCUUUGGUCUUCUGCUCUAGCGUUGCUUUUUAUAGAUUGUACAUUCACCCCCUAUCGAAACACCCUGGUCCACGCCUCUGGGCUCUCACUAGGAUCCCCAUGGCUUAUAACGGAUACACGGGUUACCUGCCAUACCGGAUUGCUGAGCUCCACGACAAAUAUGGCCCGAUCGUCCGUCUUGCACCCGACGAAGUAUCAUUCAUUACCGCAUCUGCAUGGGGCGAUAUCUAUAUGAAGCAACCAGGAAAACCCCAGCUUGGAAAGAACCCCUACGAUUUUCUUCCGCCUGCGAGCGGCGUCGUUGGUCUUGGUCCAUGGCCUAUCCCCGAUGAUGUACACAAUCGCAUUAGGCGAAAUUUCUCCUCCGCAUUCUCUGAAAAAUCUGUGCGAGAGCAGGAACCAAUCUUGCAGAAGUAUAUCAGCCAACUUGUCUCCAAACUGCAUGAGAACUGCGCCCAGCCGGUUAAUAUCCUCCAAUGGUAUAACUUCACUACCUUCGACGUAAUCGGCGACCUGACGUUCGGCGAAUCUUUUGCCUGCUUGGAGACUUCAACGCUGCAUGCCUGGGUCCUAGAUGUCUUCGAGUUUGUUGCUGCUGCCUUUAUGCUUGGAUUGACCCAAUACUUCUGGCCCCUCACCCCUAUCCUGAUGGCUAUGGUCCCAAGGAAUUUCCGGGAGGCUGCUAGCCGACAUACGACUAUGACCAAGGAGAAACUGGACCGGCGCCUAGGCUAUACUGAAUCUCGGCCGGACUUCGUAGAACCUGCAUUGAAGUUGUUGGACACGCCAAAUGGAGUUAGCUACCAGGAGUUGCUCGAGACUGUUGUAGCUUUGAUGGUUGGAGGUUCAGAAUCAACAGCCAGUGUACUUUCUGGCUUGACCUACCAUCUUCUCCGCAACCCGCCCGUUAUGGCGAAACUUACUGACGCUAUCCGGACAUCAUACAAAUCACCCGAUGAGAUCAACUUGACAAACGUCUCCAACGUUACCUACUUAGUCGCCGUGCUCAACGAGGCUUUACGGUUGUUUCCUCCUGUUCCCGGAGCUCUCCGACGCAUCACCCCCCCGGAAGGCUGCACCAUCAGUGGUCACUUCAUCCCAGGCGAUACCAAAGUUGCCGUGGACCUUUAUGCUGCCGGCCAUUCCGCAUUGAACUUCACUCGCCCCAAGGAGUUUAUUCCAGAGCGCUGGCUGGCCGAUCCUCCCCUCGAGUUCAAGGGAGAUAAUCGAAAGGUUUGCCAGUCAUUCUCGGCCGGUCCUCGCAACUGCCUUGGUCAAAAUCUUGCCCAUGCUGAGAUGCGCCUGAUUAUGACCAACCUCCUGUGGGAGUUUGAUUUCGAGCUCGCCGAGGAGAGCAAAUCUUGGCUAAAGGGCUUGAAGGUUAUCACCUUCAUUGAGAAACGCCCAUUGAUGGUGAAGCUUACUCCGGUGGUUCGCACUUAA